AGCUGCAGCAGCAUCUCUGUUCCGUCUAUCUCGCCGUCGUCAACAUGGGUAAGACACGUGGUAUGGGAGCUGGGCACAAGCUGAAGAGGCUUAGGAUUAACCAGAGGUGGGCGGACAAGCAGUACAAGAAGAGUCACCAAGGCAAUGAGUGGAAGAAUCCUUUUGCUGGAUCUUCUCACGCUAAGGGAAUCGUCCUUGAGAAGAUUGGUAUCGAGGCUAAGCAGCCUAACUCUGUCAUUCGUAAAUGUGCUAGAGUUCAGUUGAUAAAGAACGGUAAAAAGAUUGCUGCGUUCGUUCCUAAUGAUGGUUGCUUGAACUACAGUGAAGAAAAUGACGAAGUGUUGAUUGCUGGGUUCGGGCGUAAAGGUCAUGCGGUCGGAGAUAUUUCCGGAGUCAGGUUCAAGGUGGUGAAAGUCUCUGGUGUCUCACUCUUGGCUCUUUUCAAGGAGAAGAAGGAGAAGCCUAGGUCUUAGAGUCUCUCUACUACUGCUUCUCACGCUUGUUUUGUUAAUG